UGAAAGCUAGCCAUAUCAGUCAAGUCGCUUGAAACACGUUCUCUUUUUCUUCUUCUCAUAUUUCUUUAAAAGAAUUGUAAAGAAUUCAAAGUUACAGAUUUUCUGAGGUAUCAUGCCUAUUGAACCGUCGUUGUUAGAAAGAAGACUUUACGAAGCGUUCGAUGUGUUUGAUAAUGCAAGGAGUGGAGAGGUAGAUGUUAGAGAUUUGGGAACUAUAAUUAGAGCGUUAGGAUGUGUCAUCACGGAAGCUGAGUUACAAGAAAUACAAGUAGAGGUAGAAGACGUUGAAAAUAAUUGUGUGCCACUAAACAGAUUCGUAGAAUACAUGAGCAAAGCGAUAAACGAACGCAAGUUCAAACCAGCAGAACCAGAAGAAUUGUUGAAAGCGUUCCAAUUAUUAGAUCCUGAGAAUCGCGGAUAUAUCAUGAAAGAGGAUUUAGAGAAAUCAAUUAUGGAAAUUGGGGAACCGUUUACAAAGGAAGAAGUGGCCGAUAUGAUGGCCGUAGCCUGCGACCCCGAAACUGGAAAAAUCAAUUACGAGCAUUACAUCAAUUUGCUAAUUGUAAAAAUUCCCGAAGAUAUUAACGUAUAUAAUAUUGUUGAUGAAAUGGAAGCUGCGCAAUUAGCAGAAAUGCGUAAAAGGCGCAGAUGGGAAAGCAUGAUCUUUAAGGCAGACAUUACCUGA